GAGGGUCGAAGGAGGCGGGCGCAGACUGGCGAGGCGCCCGCAGGCUCCUUCCUGCCGGCGGCCGCGCGGCUCCGCCCUCCCCAAGAUGGCGGCUCUAGGUGUAAACAAGGUCGGGACCGGUGCUGGGCUGGACGGUAGCCGGGGUUCUGGCGGGAGUGGCCGCGCCCCGGCUGGCGCUGCAGUGAAGGUUCUUGAGUGUGGAGUCUGUGAAGAUGUGUUUUCUUUGCAAGGUGACAAAGUUCCCCGGCUGCUUUUGUGUGGCCAUACUGUCUGCCAUGACUGUCUUACCCGGCUUCCUCUUCAUGGCAGAGCUGUUCGUUGUCCUUUUGAUCGACAAGUUACUGAACUAGGAGAUUCUGGUGUCUGGGGCUUGAAAAAGAAUUUUGCUUUGUUGGAACUCUUGGAACGGUUGCAGAAUGGGCCUGCUGGGCAGUGUGGGACAGCAGAAGAAGCCAUUGGUCUAUCUGGAGAGAGUAGCAUUCGUUGUGAUGAAGAUGAAGCCCACGUUGCAUCUGUAUAUUGCACUGUUUGUGCCACUCACCUGUGUGCAGACUGUUCCCAGCUUACUCAUUCAACAAAGACACUAGCGAAGCACAGGCGUGUACCUCUCGCUGAUAAGCCUCAUGAGAAGACAAUGUGCUCCCAGCACCAAGUGCAUGCUAUUGAGUUUGUUUGUUUAGAAGAGGGCUGUCAGGCCAGUCCUCUUAUGUGUUGUGUCUGCAAAGAGUAUGGGAAGCAUCAAGGUCAUAAGCAUUCUGUCUUGGAACCAGAAGCAAACCAGAUUCGUGCAUCCAUUUUAGACAUGGCUCACUGUAUAAGAACUUUCACAGAAGAAAUCUCAGAUUAUUCCAGAAAAUUAGUUGGAAUUGUUCAACAUAUAGAAGGAGGAGAGCAAAUAGUUGAAGAUGGAGUUGGAAUGGCCCAUACUGAACAUGUACCCGGGACUGCAGAGAGUGCUCGCUCAUGUGUCCGGGCCUAUUUUUCUGAUCUUCAUGAAACACUUUGUCGUCAGGAGGAAAUGGCUCUUAGUGUUGUUGAUGCUCACGUGAGAGAGAAGUUGAUUUGGCUUAGGCAGCAGCAAGAAGACAUGACCAUCCUCUUGUCACAGGUUUCAACAGCUUGCCUUCAUUGCGAAAAGACUUUACAACAGGAUGACUGCAGAGUAGUGUUGGCCAGACAGGAAAUUACAAGAUUGCUAGAGACUUUACAGAAACAGCAACAGCAGUUUACAGAACUUGCGGAUCAUGUACAGCUGGAUGCUAGCAUACCUGUCACCUUUACAAAGGACAACAGGGUACAUAUUGGACCAAAAAUGGAAAUUCGUGUUGUCACUCUAGGAUUAGAUGGAGCUGGCAAAACAACUAUUUUGUUUAAGUUAAAGCAAGAUGAAUUCAUGCAGCCAAUCCCAACAAUAGGUUUUAAUGUCGAAACAGUAGAAUACAAGAAUUUGAAGUUCACUAUUUGGGAUGUCGGAGGGAAGCACAAAUUGAGGCCCUUGUGGAAACAUUAUUAUCUCAAUACACAAGCGGUGGUGUUUGUUGUUGAUAGCAGUCACAGAGAUAGAGUCAGUGAAGCACACAGUGAACUUGCAAAAUUAUUAACAGAGAAGGAAUUGCGGGAUGCCUUGCUCUUGAUCUUUGCUAAUAAACAGGAUGUGGCAGGUGCGCUCUCAGUGGAAGAAAUCACAGAACUGCUGAGUCUCCACAAACUCUGCUGUGGCCGUAGCUGGUAUAUUCAGGGUUGUGAUGCCCGAAGUGGUACAGGACUUUAUGAAGGAUUGGACUGGCUUUCAAGGCAGUUGGUGGCUGCUGGUGUCCUGGAUGUGGCUUAAUUUUACAGUAGCUGCAAUUUGUGGUUGUAGUUUACUGGUUUGUUUUGCUUGCAUGAUUUAGGAUGUUGUAGCCAGGUCUGCUGUGUGAAGAGGGGACUUUAUUUAACUUGGUGGUUAGAGAAAAAUUUAAGCCUUUAUCCUAGAUUGGAUAAUUGGUUCAGUAAACUUGUGCUGUUAUAGUGUUUUUUAAAUUCUAUACAAGUGAUGGAAUGGGCCCGUUACAAGAGUGCCUUGAAAUUCUUUUUGGUGGAAUUAUGUUAGUCGUUACAAUUUAAAAUUCUUCCCUGAUAAAAUAUGCAUUGGAGUUCAUCUAAUAAUUAUAACAAGGUUAUAGUAGUUAAUUUGAGUCAGAAAAAUUUUGAGUGGUUUAGAAAUACUUUCCCAGGAAACUAUUCCAAAAUUCAUCUCAAGUUAUUAGAAUAGCCAGCUGUUAGGUAUUAAAGAGUAGCACCAUUUAUUCGUGACUAAUGAAUACAUUCCUCCAACGGUGGUGUUGAAAAUUACAUGCAAAUACACCACAGAAUGUUUCCCCCGUUUUUUUUAUGAGUUUCUCUGUUUGUUACCAGAAGGCAGCAUAAUUAGGCAAAGAAAACCGAGAAUGGGGAGCGCAGUUGCAGGGCUAGGGGCCUGUGGCACUGUUUAGCUAGUUGUUCUCUGGUUGUGGGGGGAGGGGUCAGUUGGGAUUUUUUAUUAAUUGUACACAUGCUAAAUUAUUUAUGGACAGACUAAACUGAUACUGAGGUGGAAGUGUUUUGUGUGUGCUUGAGGACAUAAUCUGCCUUUAGAGAUUAAUCUUAGUUCUCAAGAAGUCAAAUGAAGUUUAAAAAACCAAAACUUCUUGAAGGAGUGGUGUAAUGUCAAUCCAGCUGUGUACUCUUUAUGUAGAAGUCAUGCUUCCAGAUUAAGGUACCGGCCUUAAAAUAUUAAAUAACAGAAUGUAAAAGCAGUGUACGCUAAUUUUAACUCGUACUUAGAAGAGCAGAUGGUAAAAUGUGAUAUAAACCUUCCAUAAAUAGAUUUUCAGUUCUUACUGUAUCUUCUACGUGGAACUCUCACCAAAGCCUCCGUUUUCAAAAAUUACUUAUUCCUAAACCCAUGAAACAUGAGUGUAGCACUGUUUAAAUUUAGAGAAGGUUGCAACAACUUAGUGAUGUCUUUCUGCUGCACAUGCAACUCUGCUAACAAUUUUAUCUGUCUGGUAUGUGCAACAUAAUAUUCAGCUCUCCUCUUUAAGUGUGCAGCCAUUGCCAACUGAAGAAGUGAUGCUAUGGACCUCUUCGCAUUGGUAGAAGAGCUACAAAAAGCAUGGCCAAUAGAUCAAAACUGCAUAUUGUCAAUUUUCUCACUGGAAUAGAGGUGAAUUGAGAGAACCAGACAGUGGAAGUGAGCAUUUUUGUUUCACAGAUGGGUAGGUAUUUUUGCCACACUGCAAGGGUGUGUUUACAUGUGAGAGCUUUGAACCUCACCUGGGAAAGGAAAUGCAUCCCAUUAUUUGUGGUUAUGGCUUUUGUUGUAAUAUGACAGAUUUUAUGAUGUUUUCCCACUACAUACCUUAGAUAAAGCCAAGAAUGUAUGAACAAAUACUUUAGUACAUUUGCACUUUUCUUCAGGAGGAAGCAGUUAAACACUUCCUCAUAAUGACACUUAUUUGUAGUUUUCUCUUGUUACUGAAGUUUCUUGUAAACAGUGUUAAAUGCAGCUUCAGAUUCAGCAAGUCUAAUGACGUGAAUAGCAGCUGAAAGAACACUAAGCUUCGAAGUAGUUAAAUGUUUGUGAAAUGGGCUUCAGUGCCUAGAUAUGUACGUAGGUACUGAGAAGGGGUAUUACUCUUUCUUCAGACAACCUGAUCAAUCUGGAAAUAGUUUACAACCGAGUGAAAGGUGUUUUCUUCACCUACCAAAGUAAAAAUUGUUCAUCCUUCCUAGCCGGUAACUUCUUGCACAACAGUCAACCAGCUGCUCAGACUUGAGAGUCUGCUUAGCCUAUACUGCAGAGCAGUCCCAGACCUAGUUAGGGCUGACUGUCUCUUCAUUGCUCUCUUUAAAACAUGAACAAAUUAUGCUAAGCAUGGUAGAUACCUUUUCCUGGAACAUAUUUAACAAAAACAUUCUUUUGAAAAGUCCUGAUUCUGUAAUUUUAUCUUUAGCUGGCUUACACUUCAGCUAUACAUGCCUCUUAGUAAAGUUCCGCUUCUGCUUUAAAAUAUUCAAGGUGACCAGUUUGGAUUUUUUGUAACAUUACAUUUGAGGGCAGAAGAAAAAUUCUCACUUGUGCAUAUUUUUGAGUAUAAAGGAUUGUUUAUGACACAUGGAAUGCUACCGUAAAAGCAUUUUUAAAUGGAAUUUAUUUAAGAUGACUUGAAGUAACUGUGAAAGUGCUGCAUUCGUCUGUGAACUCCUGAGUGUAAACAGGUACACCAAGAGUUUUAUUUGUAUUAUACAUUAAUACUACAUAUAAAUGGCUUCAGUUAUAAAUUUAAGCUUGUUUCACCAGUUUUACUGAACUUUAGCUUUUAGUAUACCAACUUAUGCAAUAUGUAAUUGGAAUAUUUCCUCAGCUAGAACUCACUCAAGCAUUACUAACUAUGAGAAUUAUUUGAAAAGACUAAAUAAGUUUUCAUAGGGUUUUGACUUGUGAAAUUGAUUAAGUAUAGCAUCCAGUGACUGUGUUGUGGCCGUCUUUAAAGAAUCUCAGCUCAAAAAUAGUAUGUCUAGGCUAACUAAAAAAUUAUGUUUUAUCACUUGAUAUGGUCUUACUGUAUGCUACCUUCAGGUUUCUCGUGGACUAUGUGGUACAUGAGGGUUUUAUUCCGAGAUAGUUCUUAUUCAGAACUGUUGGAAUACAUGUGGAUGUUAUGUAAAGAUUUCUUAGAAACGGCUCUCUUAGUGGAGGUAAUUCAUGAACUGCUGCAAUUUGAGUUGCCCAGAAAAUGAAUUUUCAAUAAAAGUAUCUAAAACUUUGAGAAUUAA